CUAAAACCGCGCCAGUCAUGGAGUUUUUCCUGCGCUCAGAAAGUGAAGACGAGGCUAAACCUUUUAUGACCACUGUGCCGAUAAAAGGAGAACCAAAGUGUGAGACCGAGGAUCCUACCGGACCAAGGGCUUUCCGUCCAGACCUGUGCGAUGUCCAUGUCAAGGUUGAACCUUUAGAGAAUUUAGACAUAGAAGUGGCAUGUCUAACAGAGGGGACUGUUAAGAAAGAAUCAAUAAUAGUUGAUGCAGAAUUUGAAGCUACUGGAGAUAGUCAUAUUGUUACUAGUCAUGGCAGCCAGAUAGAAGUAUGCAUCACCAAGGAAUCAUGCUCAAGUCCAACUCUGGAUGAAUUUGUUAUUAACAAAAACUUUCUUAAAUGCAGAAUCUGCCAGAAAAUAUUAGACAAUAAUUCAAAUCUUACUAUGCACAUGCUUACUCAUGAUAUAGACAAAUCUAGCAUAAAGAAAAAAAGGAAUAAAAAUAAAGAAGUGACUGCUUGUAAAAUUUGCUGCAUGCAGUUUACAAAUUCCCGUACUUAUUCUAAACACAUGCAAACACAUGUAUUUGAAAAGCCAUUUAAAUGUGAGUUCUGUGAGAAGGCGUUUAAUUCAAAAUAUUUACUUACAAAUCAUGAGCGAACUCAUACUGGGGAAAAACCUUUUUCUUGUGAUCUUUGUGACAAGAAGUUUACAGAAAAAGUAAAUUUAAACAGACAUAAGAGAAGUCACUCAGGAGUCAAGCCUUACAGCUGUGAUGUGUGCUCAAAUAGUUUUCACUUGUAAACAGAAUUUAGAAGCACAUAUGAUAUGCUCACAUACAGAUGAACAACGGUGGGAAUUUGAAUGCCAAUUUUGUAAUAAACGGUGCCCUAAUAAGAAUGAAUUGAGAAGACACCUAAGAACCCACACUGGUGAAAGACCUUAUUCAUGUGACAUUUGUAAAAAAAGUUUUAACCG